AACUAAUGACGAUAAUGGAAAUAUUGGAAAAUCUUCAGUGUCCUGGCAAGUGACGCAGAGUGUCAUGCAAUGUGAUGAUUCUGCUAGAGAUACGUCAACCAUUCCCAGAAAAUCCAGCACCUGUCGCAGAAUUGCCAGGAAGAUAUGUGCUGUUCUCUUCACUUUUGUCUUGUUCCAAAUUGUCUUGCUUUCGACAAGAAUCUCACGAAUCCUCAUCCACUUAAUGAUUUGGAAGUUGAAUCCACCACAGGUUAAUACAACCACAACUUUAACCAGAUUAGGGGGGCUUGUGCAUCUAGUGGAAAAGAGAGCGUACCCUGUCUUAAAUUGCAGUGCAGACAAUUUCACAGCAUCUCUUUGUGAUUCUGGAUAUAUCAGAAAAACUGAAAUACCUAAAGCAUGGGAAUGUCCCCCGAAAAACUUUAUUUCUUGUCAGUUAGUGGAAGACAUACCAUCUGUAAAUGUGAUGUGGGUUUGGGGUCUUGUUAGUGUCAUUGCCGUACCCGAUCUUUGCACAGUAAUAUAUUCCAUUUGGCGAAUACGUUUCAAGGAAACUGAUGCAUUUGACAUCCGAAUGCUUUUCUUGAGUCUGGCAGUGGAAACAUUUCAUUCGACUGGUCUCUGUCUUUUGGUGUUUUUAGUGUUACCCGCGUUUGACCCCCUCACUGCCUCAGUUUUGUCACACCUUCUUGUCUUUGCUCCAGUUAUUUUAAAUUUCCUCAGCAAAUCCAAAUACCCAAGGGUGUGUUUUGCAGGCAAGGGAAAUGAGCAAAAAGUCCGGAUGACGAUCAAUAGCAGCACUUCAAGAAGCGACAGGGAAAUUAAACUUGACAAAGUAGAUGAAAUUACAAGAAGUGAAUCUGAAAGCAGUGAAAACUUCAGCAAAGCGUCCUCUGUGAAAGAAAUUACAAACAACAAGAUUGUCUCAAGCAUCGUAAGAGUCUUCAGUAUUUUAAGUCUGCUGAUGGCGUAUGGGUUCAGCAUUGGUUAUAUCAACGAGAAAGCAGGCGACAAUGUUGAGAGUGGGACAAUUAGUGCAUUACUGAUUGUGUCGUCAGUUCUGGUUUCCUUCAAUUAUUGGGAAAACUUCUUGAUUUUCAGUUCGCCAAUAGGUAGAGUAGGGGAGAAAUCUAGCGGCAAUUGCUGCAAAACUAUAAAGCUGAAAUCUUUUCUUUCCAAAUACACUCGGUCAAAGAAAGAAAAAGUUUUAAUUUUAACAAUGUUAUGGAAAAUUACACUGACUGUUGUUUUUCCAUAUAUGAUAUUUUCAUUGCGGUCAAGUGGCAAAUCAAUAAAUGUAGCAAAAGCUAUAUCCUUCAUGGGUUCUGCGAAGAUCAGAACCCUAACCGGAGAAGUCGUUUUAGAAUCACGAUCUUACAUUUCUUACGGAUGUCACAGAAAUGAUGUUGGGAUACUGCUUCUCAUUACAAAUAUCCUUGGAUUUAUUUGUUUCCUGAGUACACGAUUUGCAUGUAGAGUUAACCUCCAAAUGGUAUGUUUUUCCGUACCCCUCAUGAUGAGUUUGAUUGCAACACCUUUUGUAUUCAUUCCAGUAAUAAAGUAUCCCCUGGACUUGACGGCGGACUUUUGCAAUGUGGCACAGCCUUUAUGGGGAUUUAAAGUAGAUACUAUAGGACCAAUAAUGCUUCUAAUGUUUGCCGGGGUGUUUGGAUCUAUCACGUGCAUUUUACUGACACUGUACAUAUGGAGAAACAGUGCAUCAAUAUUGGACAAAAACGGAAGGCAAUUUGUAAAACCGUCAUAUUGUGGAAUAUUUCUCGACCUUUCCUUGCUACUCACAAGAAAUCAAGAUAUUGAACAAACAGCAGAAAAAACGAAAAAGGGAGAAGAACAAAGUCCUAAGGAGGAAAAGUCGUAUUAUCCAUUUGUGUACUUACAGUAUAUGAUGAGGGAUAAACUUACAAAAUCCCGAAAUUAUGAAACAAACUUCUGAGAACUGUGUCCGUUUGUUGCAUUUAGUUAAUAUGUAUAUAAAUGUAUCAUAAUUUUUUUUUCAAAUGGUUAAAAAUGAAAAUACACAUUCCUAUUUUUUUUUAAAUUAAUUUCUUUCCAUGCAAAAAUAUUAUAAAGAAAUGUAUAGGAGAUAAAAUACUAAGUUUAGGUAACGAGCUGUUUACAUAUAUGAUUUUUCCUCUCAGUCGUUGAUUUGAAUGUUACAUACAUCGUGGUGUAGUAAACAAAUUCUUUUGUGCGAUAUUGGAGCGUGGUUUAAAUGUUGGAAAUAUGAACUAUAUACAUGUAUACAACAUAAUAUUGUCUACUCAUACAAUUAUUACAUAGAAGUAUUAUUUUAGAGUUUAUAAACGUAUACAAUUAAAAACUCUUGAAGUACAAUUGUAGCACCAUGUCAAAAUCAUACGUUUUUGUAAAAUGUGUUAGAUAUUUUGUUAUAUAGAGAAACAGACAGUCGGAAUUACAUACUUUGUUUACAUCAGAAAUUAUUAUACCUGAUUAUAUAGUAUGAAUACCUGGUACAAAAAUCAUUAAAAAUAUAUUUGAAAAAGAA